AUGCAAAGGGGAUCCGUCAAUAUAGCGAUUCGUGCAGACCACCUGCAGAUCAUAACCGGUCGUUCUUCCCAUAAAUACGGUAACACCCGCGGCGACGAGAGCGCAUGGAUGAGGGAGGCUGCCUCGGAUGGUGACGCUCCUAAGCGAUCCUAUCCUGACACUGGCAUCGAUGCCAGCAGCAGACAGUCGCAGGGAAACGGCAUCGUAGGACGCAUAGCCGAUGUACCCGAAACUUCAUCUACUUCGGAAGCUUCGUAUGUGGCUCAAUCCGAGGCCCAAAGCCCCGAGGCUGAGUACGACGACCAGUACGACCAGUACGACGGCCAGUACGGUGACCAGAAUCCAUUUCAAGCCGAACCAGGGCCGCAGGUCCACAGCCCGACCUUAGAUCGGACUCAAAUGUGGGAAGAGAAAGACGGCCACCACUCCGGCCGACACGCCGGCCACCCUCCUAACCGACGGUACAGCCAAAUCCCGUACCCACUACAGGACCAACGCCAGCCAUACAGACACCAUGGCGCCGCGUGCGAGGUUCCCAAUGAACAUCGGGAUGCAUACGGAAAUUACAGGUCGCCAUUUUCCGGCCAACCGGCUAUGACAAACUUCCAUGGAAACUUUGUCCGUGGAGGCACGUAUACGUCUCCGCUGACACAGCCUCUACGCAUACGCGACGAUCCUCGCUCCAUCAUAGAAAUGGAUGAUUCCAUGCUGGGCAUUGAUAGACAACUCGCCUCCUUAGGCCUGUCAGACGACAUACGCUGCGAUCAGCGACCCAGCCGAGGCCGUUUCCAUCGCCGUACCCCGCUAGGCCUCUCUUCCGGCGACGACGUCUAUCCCGCGCCGCAAACAUUGCAUCGUGAGCCGGAACCGACUGGCCUAUAUAGCGGCGAUACGCCUAUUCCGGUCAAGAGCGACGAUGGGACCGAUAGUGACACUAUACAGUGCGACGACUCCAUCUCCUGCGUUGGCAGACAUCGCCGUGAGCCACGGGUGCGCUCGGCACAUCGCAAGAGCUCGAGUAAGUCCAAGCCAAAGCCCCAUAAUAAGGUUCCCGAUCGCACUUCAGGCCCCACUGCUCGACCACGUUCAAGACAGCGACGCGUACACCGUCCGGCUCCGGCAGAAGAAUGCAACCUUCCGCGUGCUCCGACGCCACCUCCUUUCGAAGACCCGGAAUCCGCAGCGGCCGAACGGACGUACUACGGCCAGCAAGCACAUCUCGCCAGCCACCACUAUUGA